CAAUCUCGCGACGGGCGGCGGACGGGGACGCGGCCACCGACGCGAGCACCACCGACGCGCACCGCGGCGACACCCCAGCCCAGCAUGAGCCCGCGACGCACGCCCGGCGGCGAGGGCAGCGACACGACGAGCCCGCCCAACGAGGGCGCGGCGAAGCGCAAGGGCGACGAGGCCGCGCAGCCGCGGGCCAAGCGCAACCGCUACAUCAGCAUCGCGUGCAACGAGUGCAAGCGGCGCAAGAUCAAGUGCAACGGCCAGACGCCGUGCCAGCGCUGCGGCAACCUGAGCCUGGAGUGCCUGUACGCCCCCAACUGCUGCAACAACUUCAAGGAGAGCGACGAGUUCAAGCAGAUGACGGCCCACAUCGCCAGCCUGCAGCACCAGGUCGACGACCUCUUCCACAGCCUGCGCGCCCUGCGCCCGGACCCGCCCAGCGCCUCGCUGCCCGACCUGGGCACGCCCUUCGCCGACUACCCGCCCAUGCUGCCGCCGCCCGCCGCCCGCCCGCGCACCCGCUCGGCCAGCAAGCACCCGCGCUUCCACGGCCCGACCGCGAAUGCCUUCAACCUGGGCGUCGCCCGCUCCAGCCUCAAGACCAUGGGCAUCACCGCCGACCCGGACCCAGACCCGGACGACGACGCCGCGGCGCGCGCGCCCUCCCCGCGCGCCUCGCCGCCCUUCGCCGCCGCCCCGCUCGCCCUGCACGCCGACAAGGACCCCAUCUGGGCCAUCUCCAAGCAGGAGGCGCUGCGGCUGGUGCACGUGUGGCACGAGGAGCAGGGCAUCAUGUACCCGAUCCUGGACCUGGACAAGGUGCUGCGCUACACGGAGCUGCUGUUUUCGUUUGUCGAGGCCGCCGCGCGGUCUGGGCUGAUGCAGGGCGCCAUGCCCGGCGCGGACUCUAUCAUGGACGAUCAGACGAGCGUGCUGAAGCUGGUGCUGGCUAUUACGCUGGUUAUGGAGGGUGGUGGUACGCAUCCGCUGGGUGAGAGGCUGUUUGAUAAUGUGCAUGGCGUUAUUGAGCGCAUUUUGUCUGAGCCUGUCAGUUUGCAGAGCGUCAGCCUGCUGACCCUGGCCGGCAUGUACCACUUCACCCGCGACGACGAGGGCCUCGCCUGGCGCAUCAUCGGCCUCGCCGCCCGCCACUGCCUCGAGCUGGGCCUGCACCGCCGCGAGACCUACUCGACCCUCUUCCCCGACCCCGACGAGCAGGCCUCGGCCAUCCGCAUCUUCUGGUCCGUCUACGUGCUCGACCGCCGCUGGAGCCUGGGCACCGGCAUGCCCUUUGCCCUGCAGGACGCCGACCUGGACCACAACCUGCCCAAGCCCGACGUCUCCACGCACACCUCCACCCCCUACCUCAACGCCAUGAUCGCCUACUCGGCCAUCGGCAGCAAGGUCUGGAAAUCCAUCGCCUCGACCCCGCCCUCCGACCCCGCCAUCAGCAAGGAAGACAUCUCGUUCCUCGACUUCCAGGUCCUCUCCUGGCACCGCGCCAUCCCCGCCCCGCUGAAAUUCACCCACCCGGACGCCGCGCCCGCGCACCCGCCGCACCCGCCGCCCCCGCGCGCCCUGCUGCGCCUGCAGAUCCUGCUCUACCUGCGCGCAAACCAGAUGCGCAUCCUCAUCUACCGCCCCGUCCUGCACACCGCGACCACCAUCAUGACGCACCUCCCCUUCGCCCACACCGUCGUCAAAGUCGCCAAAGACUCGAUCCGCAUACUCACCCACGUCAACCAGACCAGCGACAUCUACCGCUGCCAGCAGACCAUGUUCAACUACUUCCUGAUCUCGGGACUCGCGGUGCUGUUUCUCGCUGUUGCGCAUGCGCCAGCCGAGUUCUCGGCCACGUGUAGAGAUGAGUUUUACAUGGCGCUCGAGCUCGUGCGCGGGUUGAGUGGGAAGAGCUAUGUGAGCCGCAGAUUAUGGCGCACGGUGCGCGCGCUGAAGGAGGUCGGGCCGCGGCUGGGGCUGGUGAGUGCCGAGGAGGGCAUGGCCGGGUGGGCGGGCGGGAGACACGACGACACCCAGUCUCAGUCCUUCGAUACCCGUCUCCACACCCACCACCCCGCAAACCUCGACGCCGCGCACCCCGCGAACCUCGAUACGCCCCAGCACAUCGCUCUCGACCUGACCACGCUGUUCGAGGCCGCGGGCGGCACGUUCAACUUGCACGGCUUCGAUGGGUUGGGGGAUGGGUAUAGUGGCUCGCAGAGCCAGAAUCAAAGCCAGAGCCAGGGACAGGGCCAGGGACAAGGGCAGGGACAAGGACAAGGGCAGGGGCAGGGGCCGGUGUACGGGACUGAGAAUGAUGAGUUGGCGAGGAUUAUGGGGGGGUUGUUUUAGGGUUUGUGAAG